UUCUCAACACACUCGUCGAAUUUUCCGCCACGCGCGUCUUCGUCUUCGUCUUCGUCUCCGUUGGGUUUCUCCUUCCUCGUCUUGAGACUGGAAGGAGCCCUUCGAACCCUCUCUCUCUCUCCCUCCAUGGCCAUCUCCUGCCUAAACCCCACGCAGAGGUACGCAGCGGGGGCGCUUCUCGCCCUCGCCCUACGCCAGGCCCAGAUCCACCAGUCCCGACCCCUCGGCGCCGCCGCCUCCGCCGCCGCAGACGCCGACGAGGCCCCGGAGCGAUUCAGCAGCGCGAGCUCCAGCAGCGUCGCCACCGCCACUAGUAGCAGCAGCGACGGCGACGGCGACGGCGAUGCGGCGCAUCUGUGGACGCACGAGUCCCGAGGGCUCCUUCGCCCCGUGUUCAGGUUCUUGGGGAUCGAUCCGAAGGCGUGGCCCGGAUUGGAGGAGACCGCCGCGUCGUCGGAAGCCAAGCAUCAUGUUGGGGCCUAUUUAAGGAUUAUAUUUGAAGAAGAUGAUGAGAGUUCCUCAGCAAGAUCUGAUCAAGAGCUUGCUCUAACAAAAGCAGUUGAUGCUAUGGUAAUGAACUUGGAAAUUAGUGUUGGCUUAGAUGGGAUAGCUACAGAGAAACACCAAGGUCAAGAACAUGAAGGAGGCCCAAGGAACUGCUCAAAUUCAGUGGAUAGUAGUUCUGAGAUGACAGUGGAAACAGCUGAAACUUCAGAAAACACCAAUCCUGACGGAUUAUCCAGAAAGGUGGAUUUAUCUAAUCAGGUUGACACAUUACAUUCUGAGAAGUUGAUAUUGGAUGAUUUUCCAGACAAUUACCAACGGAAAGUGGUAUUGUUGUAUGAACUUCUUUCUGCUUGUGUGGCUGAUACACCUCAAGACAAGAAGGAAUCUUCUCGAUUUAGGAAGGGUUAUGAUGCACGACAUCGUGUUGCUCUCCGAUUGCUAGCUGCAUGGCUCAAUGUGCAGUGGAUCAAAAUGGAAGCUAUUGAGAUAAUUGUUGCUUGCUCUGCGAUGGCUGCAGCAAAGGAAGAAGAACAAUCACAGGAAAAUGAAUCAGAAAAAAGCAAGUGGGCCAGAUGGAAGCGUGGAGGAAUAAUCGGUGCAGCUGCAUUGACUGGAGGAGCCUUGUUGGCCAUCACCGGUGGUUUAGCUGCUCCAGCAAUUGCUGCUGGAUUUAGUGCUUUAGCUCCCACAUUAGGUACGCUUGUCCCUGUUAUUGGAGCCAGUGGAUUUGCUGCUAUGGCCAGCGCUGCUGGAUCUGUUGCUGGUUCUGUUGCUGUUGCAGCAUCAUUUGGAGCUGCUGGCGCUGGACUUACAGGAAGCAAAAUGGCCAGACGUAUGGGAAGUGUCAAAGAAUUUGACUUCAAACCCAUUGGCGACAAUCAUAAUCAGGGUCGUCUAGCUCUUGGCAUCUUGAUUUCUGGCUUUGUUUUUGAGGAGGAAGAUUUUUUGAGGCCCUGGGAGGGAUGGAAAGAUAACUUGGAGAGGUAUGCUCUUCAGUGGGAAUCUAAAAAUUUAAUUGCAGUGAGUACUGCCAUACAGGAUUGGCUCACGUCAAGACUUACAAUGGAGUUGAUGAAGCGAGGUGCCAUGAUGACCGUGUUAAGCACUCUCGUUACGGCAUUCGCAUGGCCUGCUACACUGCUUGCUGCUACGGAUUUCAUAGAUAGCAAAUGGUCAAUUGCUAUUGAUAGGGCAGAUAAAGCAGGAAAGCUCCUCGCAGAAGUGUUGCUGAAAGGAUUACAGGGAAACAGGCCCGUUACCCUUAUCGGUUUUUCACUAGGAGCUCGAGUUAUAUUCAAGUGUCUCCAAGAAUUGGCCGAGUCUGGAGAUAACGAGGGCCUCGUCGAGAGGGUUGUGCUCCUCGGUGCACCAGUUUCUGUCAAAGGCGAGCAGUGGGAGCCUGCCAGGAAGAUGGUAGCGGGGAGAUUUAUAAAUGUGUAUUCCACGAAUGACUGGAUACUUGGGGUUACGUUCCGUGCAAGUUUGUUGACACAAGGUUUAGCUGGAAUUCAAUCCAUUGAGGUUCCUGGGGUCGAAAAUGUUGAUGUCACUGAUAUGGUUGACGGUCACUCCUCGUAUCUAUGGGCUGUCCAGCAAAUACUGGAACAGCUUGAAUUAAAUACCUAUUAUCCUGUUUUUACUCGUGCUAAUACCGGUUCCAAAUAACAAAUAGUAAACUCCAAUUUGUAUAUAAAACUAUGCACCAAAAUAUGAAAAAGGGUUUUCGCGCAUUGAUGUCAUUUAUUCUCAGUUCACUUUUUGUAUGUACAGAGACAAUUACAUUAACUUGCGUCUCAAUUCAUGUAUAGAACUUGGACGUGAACUGCUCACUAUUCUAUCUAAUUGUGUCAAGAAAUAAUGCUAGGGAAGCAAUG